GGAUGUGAGCGGCAGGUAGCGCCGCCCCCCUCUCGGUGGAAGGGAAAAAACAGAGAGGCAGUGGGGAGAGCGAGGAUGCAUAAAUUGCAUUUCAGCGGAGAGUCUAUGUCGGACGCCUUGUCCAGCGAUGUCCAGGCACUUAAUAAACUCUCCAACCAGCAAUUUUCAGCAUUGACAGAAAUAAUCUUCCGCUUUGUUACAGAACCCACAGAGUCGGUGCGCUUAUUAAGUGAGCUCUGCGAGUUUGCAUCACAGAAUGGAAUGAGUUCAGGCCCAUUGAAAAAUAUAGUGAGAAGUGUCCUGUUGAUUCCUAAUGGUGCCUUGAAAAGAAAUUUGACAGCUGAACAUGUCAAAGCUGAUUUCAUUACUCUGGGACUAAGUGAAGAAAAGGCGGGAUGCUUUGCAGAUCAGUGGAAAUUGCAUUCGGCAGUACUGUCAAGACUGGCACUAGGGCAAACAAUGACCGUCAAUCAGUUGGUAGAUAUGGAAUGGAAGUUUGGAGUAACUGCAGGGAGCAGUGAGCUUCAAAAAGUUGGUAGCAUAUUUUUACAGUUAAAGUUAGUAAUCAAGAAGGGGAACAGAAGUGAAAUUGUUUACAUGGAGUUGACUUUGCCACAAUUUUAUAACUUCCUGCAUGAAAUGGAACAAGCCAAGAUGAGCCUUGAAUGUUUUGGUUAAAUUACUGCUUUAUUCUGCAUCAAUUUAAACAAAAUCCUUUCUACUUGUCCAGAAAUUGCAUAUACAUUGAUGUUAUGCAAAACACUUGAUUCAUUAGUUGUUGAACCUCUGAGAAGAAUUCAUUGAUUUUUCUACUGUUCCAAUGAAUUACUUGUUAACAUAGUUUUACUAUUAUCUAAAUCAAAAUAUUCUGUUUUUGAGAUAAGUAUUCAUUCUGUUUUGUCAUAAAUACUGUGUAAAUAAAAGUCAAUUUGAGAAUUUGCUGAGAGUGGAACUCUCAGUGACUCAGAGUGAAAUUUAGUUUAAUAUAUGGAAUUAAUAUAAAACUGGUAAAAUAAAAAGUUAAUGGAAAGUGCUGUUUAAUAGCUGUCAAUUUGCUAUUGUGAUUGCCAAAGUAGUGGGUUAUCAUUGGAACUCGGAGUGAACUCUUGUAACUUAGGUGUGGCUCAUAAAGGUGUAUAAAAGAAAAACUUUAUCUGCUGGUACUCACUUCAGUUACUAUAAGCUGUAGCUAUAUUGUUAAAAAAUGAUAUCCUGUUCUCCAAAAUAAAAGAUGACUACAAUUAUCAAAAGUAUGCAUGUGAUGCUGCAAGGAUAAUAAUUGAUGCAGAGUUGUAUAUGUCUGUGGGAGUCCUCUGUUAUGUUAAGGAUGAAAUAGUCAAAUAUUUAAUUAGUAAGUUAUAUAACAUAAUCUGAUUAAAUAUACAAUUAUGAAAUGUACAAAUGAAUUGAAUGUCCGAUGACCCUCUAAUUCCCAGCCGGGAAUUGAGAACUAUUUCUUGUAUCUAACAAUGACUGUUUCCAUUUCCUGUUUGAAAUGAUUUCAUAAAGAUUAACUUGUAGGUUGGGUCGGCCGUAAGGAAUGCAAAUGCACUGUUAGAAAACACCUUGAGAGGACUAGAAUACAAAAGCAAGGGUGUAAUUCUUGGGUUCUGUAAGGCAUUAGUCAGGCCACACUUAGAAUAUUGUGAGCAGUUUUGAGCCCCUUAUCUAAGAAAGGAUGUACUGACAUUGGAGAGGUUCCAGAGGGGGGUCAUGAGAACGAACCCAUGAAUGAAAGGGUUUAACAUGUGAGGAGUGUUUUAAUGGUGCUAGAUAGAGUGGCACAAUGUCAGAAUAGAGGGGUGUCCAUUUAGAGUGGAGAUGAGGAAAUUUUUCUUGUCAGAAGAUGUUGAAUCUGGAUUCAUUGCCACAGACGGCUGUGUAGGCCAAGUCAUUAGUUAUAUUUAAGGAGAAGUUUGGUAGAUUAUUUAUUAAUUAAUUGGCAAUCAAAGGUUACUAGAAGAAAGCAGGAGAAUGGAUGAUGGAUCAGCCAUGAAGGAGUGACAGAGCAGACUCAAUAGACCAAUAGUCUAAUUCUGCUCCCAUGACUUAUGAAUAUGAGUGACAUACUAAUUUUGUCACUGAAUACAAAUAGAUGCAGACCCUGAAACAACUAAGACUGUUCACAUAAGGUAUUCCUGCCUGAUAAUUUAUUGCACUUUUGGUCUGCUUCCAGGUUUUCAGCCAGGGAGUCCACCAUUCUGUCUGGAACAUUUCAUAAAUCGAAAUCUAGGAAUUACUUCUGUGUUGGACUUUAAUUAGACUAAUCUUAGUAUCAAUGCAAAUUAAAACACAUGGGACUGUUGUUAAAAUCAUGGUGUCAAUUGCACUUCAAAAACAUUUAGCCAGUGUAGAAUAGUGACAUGAAUCUCUUGGAUACAAAAGGUAAACUUUAACACAGACAUUUUAAAGCACACAGUAUUUUUAUUAUAUAAAAAUAAGUUUAAAAUCAAAAUUUUAACCAGGUUAUUUUAUUUUGUAAUAUUUUUGAGGUGUAAGCAUUUUUUGAUUAAUUACACACCUAUCAGUAAAACAAUUUUGAAUUUCUGGUUCAUUAGUAAUGUGAAAUAAGGAAAAAACAAAUCCAAAGCAGUGAAUGCAUUUUUUUCAGUUGUGCUGCGGGGGAGGGGGAAACUGCCAUUCAUUACAGAUUAUAUACCCUUUCCUGCAUGCUGUUGGCAGAUGAUAAAUUCUUUUUGGAUGCUUAAUUGCUUCUCUGGAACUGUGACACAUGCCAUGACUGACUACAUAAUAAACCUCCCAUCCCCCUUUUCCCCAAUCACAGUUGAUUCCUGCAUGCUAUGUGUAUACAACCCAUCAUCCACCACCAAAAAGAUUUAAUAUUUUAAUUUAUUGCUGUCUACAAAGCAAAUAAAUCAGUUAAUUUUUAUUCAACAUAAAUUAUGCAACCUAGUGUAAAAUUUCAAUUCUAAUAAAUUCAGGAAGACUAAUUACAGAGUCCCAGCUGUAAAGAUUAGUGCUGUACAGAUAAGCUUUGUCAAUAAAAAAAACAUAAGUUGUACUGUUA